AAAAGCCCUCGGAAAUGUCGCGUGUGUUUUUUUUAUUCAGGAAAGAGAAACUACAGAUUCAAGUUUCAAAAUGUUACCAAACAAAUCGCUGACUGAAGAACGACACAAAGCGCGCCAGCAUUAUCGGAUUUACUAGCUUCGAUUCUGUCUAUACUGGAGGAAUUUCUGUGUGAAUUGUAACGCUGUAAAUGAACACAGCAGGUUUAAACGGUCUAUAACUGAUGGAGAAUUAAGUACAUUUGUGCCUAUUGUCAACUAGGUUUGUUCGUGUGUUUAGUUCACGAUUGUAGCUCGUAAUCGAUUAAUCGGACCGCGACUGUUGAUCAGAGAGGAAGGUGUGGGUCCAGAAUGACUCUGGCAGUGUUUUUUGGUUGUGCCUUCAUAGCGUUUGGUCCCGCUUUCGCCCUGUUUGUUUUCACUGUCGCCAAAGAUCCUUUAAGAGUCAUCAUUCUGAUCGCAGGGGCGUUUUUUUGGCUUCUGUCUCUGCUAUUGUCUUCUCUGGUCUGGUUCAUCGCUGUGAAGGCCAGUAACUCUCAGGAUCCCAGUCUUCCCAGGGGUCUGCUGAUUUUUGGGGUUUUCUUUUCAGUUUUGCUCCAGGAAGUGUUUCGCUUUGCCUACUACAGACUGCUCAGGAAGGCCACUGAGGGUCUGGCAGCCAUUAGUGAUGAUGCCAGUUCGGCCAUUUCCGUCCGGCAGAUGGCUUACGUGGCUGGAUUGGGUUUCGGAGUCAUGAGCGGUGCAUUUUCAAUGAUCAACAUACUGUCUGACUCUCUGGGUCCUGGGACGGUUGGCAUCUUUGGAGACUCGCAGUAUUACUUCAUUACAGCAGCACUGAUGACUCUGGCGCUGACGCUGCUGCACACGUUUUGGGGCGUCCUGUUCUUUGAGGGCUGUGAGAAGAGCAGCUGGUGGGUCAUUGCUGUCGUCGUCAGUCUUCACCUGUUAGUCGCUGGCCUGUCUCUCUUGAACCCGCUGUAUGAAGGCAGUCUGCCUCCAGUGUAUUGCAUUACUCUGCUGAUGGGCAUCUGGGCUUUCUUCUCGUCUGGAGGAUCCCUGCAAAACCUCAGUGCACUCUGCACACGCCGGAAAGCUGAAGCAGAGUCUUCAUAAGAUGCUUUUAGUCGUCCCCAGUGAGACCCAGGACAACAAACGGCCAAGUCUGAGGCUGCUCGACUGAAUGGCAGCGGUUUAUGAAAGAGCACAUUCACCAGCUCAAAGCCCCGAGGGGACCUAGACACGUCUCCUCCGGCGUCUCGGCCGCGCAGACUGUCUCUCAAACGCUGUAAAUAGCUUGAUCUGAAUGCAAAUCAAUAAGACGGAUCUGUAAUGUUCUUUUGUUUUGAAAGCAACAUUCUCUGGGUCUUGUGAAUGGUUGUGGUUUUGAACUUACUUUGUCGGUACAUUUCUGAAUCAAGCCUUAUUGUCGGCCCGCUUUAAGGGUAGGAGUGAAACCUGAGCACCUUCAAGCCCAAAGUAUACCUCUUUUUUAUUUAUGUGUACACUAUGCACACUAUCAAACAGACUUUACUGUAAAUUUUAUUUGAUAUUCGUCAAAUCCUAGAAAAGAGUUAUUAGUCAGAUCACUUUGGUUUGAGCAAGUUACCGAAUAUCCUUUUCUGCUCACAAUUAAGAGAUUAUUUAACACUACGUCUUUAAUGCUUAAUUUUUUGAAGUGUAGGCUGUUUUUACAAUAAAAUAGUAAUUUGUACACUGUUUAUUUUUAUUAAAAUAAAUAACUUUAUUUUAUUAAAUGUCAUGCUAA